UCCGGUGGCCCCAUUUCAAGGCUUAGUUCUAUUGCAAUCGUGAAUCUUAACACUUGACAAUCAACGGUCGUCCGGUACGCGAAACGCCGCUGGCCAAACACUCAUUCACUAAAUGGAGCUAGUUUUAAAUUUCAGUGCUAAAAUGUUAUUCGAUGAUUUCUGUUUGAAAAUUUAUUUUUGGCCAUUUCUAACCUAUUUGGCUAAUAUUAAGGGCAUAUGCCCACUGUAUCCGGGUCCAGUGUCGCCCACAGUGCCAAUACCCACAUAUCAACCAACACCACCAACGCCCACACCUUUGGUUCCUUGUCCCGCCAUGCCUUUGGUGUGUUUGCCAAAUGGAGCUAGACCUAUACCGUACUGUCCUUGCAUAGAUCCGCGUCAGCAAAUGGGUGUUGCUGGCCAAGCCAUAACAAAUCAGGCAUUGGUGAAUCAACCGCAAUCAGCUCAAUUGCAACUACCAACAAAUGAAGGCCAGCAGCAGCAACAACAACAACAGUAUGCUUUGUCCCAACAACAGCAGUUUGCUAUGCCUACUACAAUGAUGGGUCAAUCUUUGUUACCCCAGCAGUCAUUGAACAAUCCCUCUGUGAUACGUCAACCCUUGAAUACCCCAGAGGCAGUGAGACCUUUGCCUAAUCAAUCCACAACUGAUCAACUUUUGGCAAAUCAGCAAACCACACAUCAGGCUAAUAUGACUCCAGCAAACACAUUACCACAGGCAACUUCCAAUCAGACGCCUGCAGAUCAACCCAUGACCGGCGAACAAUUGGCCAUACUACAACAGCAAAUGGCUCAACUGGAUAAGCCCAUGACCACUGAAGAGCUAGUGGAGCUAUUGGAUCAACACAGUCUAGAAUUUAAAAUGGCUGCCGCCUCUCAAAAUCAGGGAGCCUCCGAAAUGAUGAUUUUUUCCCAUUUGCCCGAUAACCAGCAGGGCAAUAAAAAGCGCAAGAGGCCCCAUGAUUGUUUCGACGCCCGUUUGCGGCCUGGUAGAUGUGUUACUAUGGCCAAUUGUCCUGAAAUACGCAACGAAUUUUCCAUGGCAUUCCACUCUGCAGAUUACCAAUCUUUUUUAACCAAUUCCAUGUGCGGUUUUGAUGGAAGCAAUUUGUUGAUCUGUUGCCGAACACAGUCUACAAUGUCAUUUGUUCAGCCACUCUCGCAAGUAUUCCAACCUGCCGUAGGAUCUGCAUCAACACAAACUGCUUCAGCACCCAACACUUUUCUCUUUGCUCCUCUGGGUGGCUAUAAUAGCGGAGGCCAAAUGACACCAGCUCCAAUGAUAACACCAGCUCCAAUGAUAACACCAGCUCCCAAUUUUGGAACACCUAUCAUUUGGAAUACACCCAUAAGUAAUCCCAGCUCAACGAACAUAAAUCCAUUUGUGUUUCAAACAAGCGGACAAACGGGACCAGUAGCACCUUCACCAACAGUGUUCCAACCAUUGCCGGUAACAAGUCCAACACCUGGGGGAGUUAUUUAUCAACCUGUACCGCAACCGUUGACACCGUUCCCGCCGCCUAUCUCCAUGGCAACUACUACCACAACAACGAGUAGACCUCCAUCGAGUGGAACGGAUUACACUUGUGGCAUUAGUCGAGUGAAUACAAAUCGCGUGGUGGGUGGAAGUGAAACUAGAAGGGGAGCCUAUCCUUGGAUGGCAGCCUUGGGCUAUCGCGAUGAUUUCUCUCCCACCACCCUGAAGUUCUUGUGUGGUGGCAGUUUGAUAUCUUCCCGUUAUGUGGUCUCCUCGGCUCAUUGCAUUAAUUCCAAUUUGGUGUUGAUUCGUUUGGGCGCCCAUGAUCUUUCCAACUCAGCAGAGGCGAAUGCCGUUGAUUAUGGCAUAAGGCGUACUAAGCUACACGAAUCAUUUGAUUUGAAAACGAUUAUUCAUGAUAUAGCAUUGAUUGAACUGACACAAGUCGUUACAAUGACCAAUUUCAUAACCCCCAUUUGUUUGCCCGAAGCGGCCAGUUUUCUUACACAAGAGUUUGUUGGUAUGAAUCCAUUUGUUGCCGGCUGGGGGACCAUCAAACAUCAGGGUCCAACCUCCAAUGUUUUGAUGGAUGUUCAAGUGCCCAUAGUUAGUCGUCAGACAUGUGAGAGGAGUUACCAAAGUAUAUUCAAUUUUGUGCAAUUCAGUGAUAAGGUGAUCUGUGCUGGAAAUUCCAAUGUGGAUGCCUGUCAAGGGGAUUCCGGAGGUCCACUAAUGUUGCCACAGAUGGAUGGCUCUACUUUCCGUUAUUUUUUGAUAGGUAUCGUUUCUUAUGGUUAUGAGUGCGCUCGACCAGGUUUUCCCGGAGUUUAUACGCGUGUUGCCUCUUAUAUGACCUGGAUAAGACAAAAUAUGAUUUGAAACUCUCAAACUAUAAACUAUAUAGGAAAAUUGUAAAAUUUUUUAAAAUAUGUAUGUAUAUUAAAUUAAAUAUCGAUUAACAUUUUCUAAAUCAUCUCAUUCAAAUGCA